AUUCAGACGAUCCGGCUUCUUCCGUCACCGUCACCGGAACGUCAGCCUCCGUCAAAAUUAGUCAAACGAGUUUUCCCUUUGCGCAUUCACACGAUCCAGCAGAGAUCCGGAACGUUAACGUCCGUCAACGGCAAGCUCCGUCAACAUUUCUCCGAAAGAAUAUUUGACGGACUGUGAUUAUCGCACACAUGCACGAUUCAUAUGAUUACGGUAUUGAGCUGACGUUUGUUAUGCAUGUAUUCGGUGUCAAGAUCCCACUCUUAAACAAAAUAUACCACAUAUAGGUAAUUAAAUUUAUCAGUAGAUUUGCAAAGUACGUUACGUUGGUGAGUGGAACUCUUUGUUUUGUUUUUCCCUCUUUCUAGCUAAUUUUGAAAGUUAUUUAUUCGAUUAAAAGGUAGGAAAACAACAGAUUGAUUGGCUUCAAAAGCUCCCAGAUUUUGUAUUAGUGGAAUAAAAUUGUGCGAAACUAAGUUCUUAAAAUUCUGCGUGUAAGAAAAUGACAUGACGGACGCGGAUAGGAAACCGGAUCGUGUGAAUUAGAAUGACGGUGACGGACGUUGACGUUCCAGUGACGGUGACGGAAGAAGCCGGACGGUCUGAAUCGUACUUUAGGUUUUUUACCGUCACUGCUAACCUCAAUCGGAUGAACACAUUUUGACAGUUCAGCAGUACUGUUUGUAAACAGAAAUUUCUUUUGUUUGUUUAUUGACAAAUUGGAUCAGACCAUUUACGGUCCGUAUCGCCUAAAUAAAGGUUUAAAACAUUUGUUCACGAUUGAAUACGGUUUGUUUUUGAUAUUUAUUAAAUAAGUGACUAGUUGCAAAGUGUAAAGAUGAUCGUUUUAGAUGUGCUCUUCGAUUUUUGUUUAAGCUUGUUUGUAAACAGUACCGCUGAAUUGUCAAUGAUGAAUACUUGUUCAUUUGUGUCGUCACGAUAAAAAACCUAAUUACAAUGAAUUACGAAAAUAAUAUUAUUAUUAUUAUACAAUAGUUGUUCAUCGCAAGAAGCUAGAGGGUUCGCAAUAGUGUGACGAAAUAUAUUUCUUGUUCGUGGAAGAAAGAUUUUUCUCGUUCUGGAGUGAAUCAGUGUUACGACGCCGCGAAACUGUCAUCGGAAGUCAAUGUAAAAGAAAUUGCAAUCGAAAAUAACACUGCAAUCGAAAGAAUAACCUAACAGGCUAUCAUGGAUAACCGAGGAAACGGAACCGACAAUUGGACCAGUCACAAUUUACAGCAGAUUCUGAUCUAUUAUCUUACUUGGUAUUGUCGUCAGCAUUUCCAAAAGUAUACGGUCGGACGAAGAAUCGUCAGAUCGAAAAGAUUCGACGAUGUUUUCCUGGAUUUAUACCACCAACAGAGACGUUGGAUCUACAUGUUUGAUAUGAAGUCCCGUCGGUAUAAGAGUUAUGAUAGUUUGUUUGGCACGUCAUCCGUAUCCGGUGAAGAUUUUUACAUACGGCAUUAUUUUAAAGAAUACCUUCGGUUAAAGGAUGAUUGGAGUACGACAUUAACCGAACUGAUUGUAUGGAUUCACACGGGAUUCAAAAAGGCGGAUUUUGUUUUAGAACCAUACGAAUGGGAUGGCGAUCAACCAAUCUUUUUAGAUGCCGUUGAAAUAGGUGUGGAACGAUACAGAAUAAAAAACUAUGCAUCAUUGGGUCAAAAGCUCCUCCGGCAUGUCAAUCCGCUGUAUGAGCUAGCGAACCGAUUAUCCUGUCUGUUAUUCGAAAAGAAUCUCAUUGGUCCGGAUACGAUUCCUCAAAACUUUUACGAUGUAUUGUUGAGAGAUGUUUUCGAAGACAAUCGCUUUCGGAAGGAUUUUCUGGAGGCAAAGUCAGAACUGCCGGCAGAGGUUCAAGAAUUUCGCAAUUAUCUGGAAAAGGUGCUUGAACAAAAAUUUCUGCACCGAAAUCUCCGCGACUUUCGCUUGAACAAAAUUGACGAGGAACCGUUUUCUGCUCACCUGAAGCUACGUUUGGAACCCCCGACGCGGAUCGCACCGGAACGUGCUUCGUGGACAAGUGAUUUCCGAGCAACCAUGAACGAUAUUGAUCGAUUUUUUUCGCUUCUUGUGUUUUAUACACACGCACCAACGGUGACCAGAUUCCGGAAUUUGCUGCAAACAAAAGUGGACAUUGAAACUCAAAGCGAGCUAUCGCUGUUCUGUGUCAAGGGAAGACAACUCACCGAUUUGACGGUGGAUCGUUUUUUCCGAUGGAUGGAACUGAGGAAACGUUACUCGUACGAACUGAAUGAUAAUAUUCAGUUUGAGGCCGUGUCGUUGGAAGGACUGGAAUCGACGUUGAGUGGGUUUGGUCGUGAAAAAAAUACUGCAACUUUAACAGUUGUUGCCAGUGCCAGUGUGUUAGUAACGGUUGAAAGGAUAGUUCGGACACUUCACCGACUGAAACUCCGCAACUAUCUGGUCCUAAAUGACCGACAAUUUGCGACUUACUUCGAUGAGCUGUUGACCCUAAUGCCGGGGCUCAUGGAAAGCAAACCUUUCAUAGUAUUGAUCGACAAAGACUUGACUAUCAGUAGCUGUAAGCUUAAACUAAUAGUGGACAUGGGGUGCUCCACCAUUUCGGUGAUUCCGAGGAAUGCCGCGAAUUCAGUCAAUGUGUUCUCGGAUUUCUUCAAUUUUACAAAUCUCACAGGUGCAAUCAAGUCUCGUUUGUUAUCGAAAAAGAUUUUAAUACAAGAACGCAUAAUUGCAUUAAAUACAAUACUAGAUGAGAGUUACUUCUCCGAACUAAGCGCAGAAGCAUUCCUCGAUUGGAAUUCAAACGAUCGCGAAUCAAUUGGUUCAAACCAGUUGAUAAGUUUACCUAAGGGUUAUAUCGAGCGAACGGUUUACAAUGAUAAAAGUAGCUUUAAAACAGUUUCAGAUAUAGACUUUGCAGCAGUCAAUAUAUUGAUUGGUGAAACAGGUAUCGGAAAAAGUGUCACUCUUUCGAAACUUGCUCUCCAUUUCCAGGAACAAUUCCGUGACCAUUUAAUAAUCCACCACGACAGCAAAACGAUAGUGCAUCUGUUUUCCAGUGAAACCAGUGAAGACCAUUUGAAUACCUUAAUCAAACUGAUUGAUGCAAAACAACUUAAUCAGUUCCAAACAUUUGUGCUCAGGAAAAUGAUGCUGCAGAAACGAUUGAUCCUGCUCUUGGACGGUUUCGACGAGAUCAGUCACCAGAAGGAAAGCAGUGCCGAGGCAAUGGUAGAAUGGUGCAGAACAGCUCCUUUUAAAUUGAUUGUCCUAGCGUCGAGACCACAUCGUUUGAGUCUUCUGAAAGAAUAUUUCCUCGAAGCAAUGGUUCUUCAGUUGAAACCGCUCACGGAGCAGAAACAAUCGAGCUUACUCCACCCAAACUGCACCGACAGCCUUUCGAGCGGAGACGAGAUUGCCCAAGUCUGCCGGUUACUAUUCGACGGCUGUAAUGUAGAUAACCUACUGGGAAUUCCACUACAAGCAGAAAUCAUUGCCUCCAUUUACAAAGAGUUCGUCAUCUCCCGCAAAAGUCAUACCAUUGCCGACGUCAUGCAAGCUUUUGUCGAUAAAAAAUUUGCUGGGUAUGCGAACAAGUUUUACGAUUUAUCGUGUAAAGCACACGAAGUAGUUCUGACGAUUUUACGGACAACCUUCGAAAACGAUCACGCGGAAUUGGCCUUCCGAAUCGAGAUGGAACAGUCGCUCGACUACAACAAAUGUGUUGAACUCGAUCAGUACGGUCUGUUGCGUAUCGACACUGUGGGAAUAGCCUUCAUCCAUCCGUUACUGCAGAAGUACUUUUUUUGCCAAUAUAUUCUGACUCACUACGUCGAGCAGGACAUCUUCAACAACAUUUUAAAUGCUUAUUUCAGUACACCGACGGAUCAUCGAUUCGAUCAGUUUCUGGACCAUCACAUCGGCCGAACGAACACCAAUCCAAAGCCUGUAGGAAUUCCCCAAAAACUCAAAACGUCCGACUUCAAUCGAAAAAGAAAGUCUCACCUAAGCUACAAAUUACACCCGGAAAAACUCGAACAGUUCUAUCUCUUCUUCAAGCCCCGUCCGUCCGAACUGAUUUGCAGGUACCUUCGCACAACCAUCGACAAGGGGCAGUUCAACACUUUUGAGGCAAUUUACGACUGCUUGCUUUGUUCCUCGUCGGAACAGACCGUACAGUUCGAUUUCAAUCCGAACUGUAAACAUCCGUCGAUAGACCUGUCAACCGUCAGCGAGGAUCAACUCGUUCAGCUACUAAAUGUUCUGCAGAAAAAACAUGACAACGAUUUUGUUCAAAAAAUAUUCGGAAGAUACUCCCCGGAAGAAGCUGAUUUCGUCAGUAUAGCAAUCGAAAAAGAUUACCAUCAGCUGACAGUGCAUCUGUUCCGUAUCGAACAGGACCUGGUGGAAGAAGAUGAAUCCGAUCGGAUCCAGGAGUACAUCGAAGGCCGGUGGCUCCGCUAUCUCCGGUUGGUGAUCGAGCACCGAAGGGAUCUACUGUUGGAAACAGUACUCGGUUGCAUUGAAAAACGAUGGCAUCCACGGGUUACGAAAUAUUUUCUGAUGACGAAAAACGUCCUAGCAGCAUUGAUUAUGGCGUGUGAGAAAGUCGAUGGAUCGUCACUAGAAACGAUUCGGAAGGUAGUCGAUUUUCUUCGUGAACAUUUGAGUACUUCCGAUCUAACUGUUUUAGCUAGGAGAAAAUACAAUUGCACAAACAGUUUUGAACGCGUUGAAAAAGUUGAGAAUAAAGAUAUUAGGAAUCUGUUCGAGGAGCUUCUUAGCUGCAAUGCAGUGUGACCAAUAGUGGAUAGUUAUACAUAUAACUAUCAGAAAACUGUGAUUCGAAUUUCAUACGAAACCAUAGUAAAGAUUAUAAAAAAUGUUGUGUGAGUUUUAUUGUAUGAUGUAAAUUGUUUAUGAAAUGCUUGUGAUUUUGUUAUGGAUUUUAUACGACGCACUAAUGAACUUCAUAAGCAAUCCUUGCGUGAAAUAAGGCGGGUGGGUAAUGUCAUAACGACAUAACUGGAUGUCGUGAAUACGAAAACAACUGACAUGUUUCUUAACAUUUACGAAUAUCAAUUAGUUGAUCAAUUAUAUGAAAUUGUAUGCAGAAUUUGAAACGAUGUACCUAAACUAAAGUACAGAUUAGUUACAUUUAACAUUCUGAAACACAAAUAUUAUUAAAUAACCAGUAUAGUUCUUUAUAAUAAAAUAAUGGUGGCUCUGAAAAGAACCUUUUAUGAAA